UUCUCCGCAGGCCGGCCCUCUAGUCCCCUGGCGGCGGCGCCCGCACCCUCUGCUCCCCCGGGCUUCUCUGGGCCCUGAAAGGGUACCAGCGACUUUGCUCCGGUUCCCGCAGACCGAAAGUGGGAGUCGGCAUGGCUUCCGUGAGCAUCCGAGAGGCCAAGGAGGGAGACUGUGGAAGCAUCCUGAGACUGAUUCGGGAAUUAGCGGAGUACGAGAAACUGUCAGAUCAAGUGAAGAUCAGUGAAGAAGCCCUGAUAGCUGAUGGCUUUGGAGAGAAUCCUUUCUAUCACUGUUUGGUAGCAGAGAUUCUUCCCACGCCGAUGGAGUCACAGGAACCCCAUGUGGUGGGCUAUGGGCUGUAUUACUUCAGCUACAGCACUUGGAAAGGACGCAACAUUUAUCUAGAAGACAUCUAUGUCAUGCCGGAAUAUCGGGGUCAGGGGAUUGGCACCAAGAUAAUCAGGAAGGUGGCUGAGGUCGCCUUAGACAAGGGCUGCACCCAGUUCCGCCUGACAGUCCUGGAUUGGAACAAAAACGCCAUCGGUUUAUACAAGAGCCUAGGAGCCCAAGAUUUGACGGAAGCUGAGGGCUGGCAUUCCUUUCGCUUUGAAGGAGAGGCAAUGAGGGAGUUGGCAGGAAAGUGAUACCAUUCCUUGAGGAUCUCUUUCUCCCCUACCACGUCAAGCACUCCUGAAAAAUGUAUCUCCACAGAUACUUGCCUGAAAGAAGGGUUGAAUGUGAAUAUUCCCAAAGUAUAGAAAGAGCAGCACUGAGAGAGGGGUCUUUUCACCUAAUUCUUGAAGGUGAAAAAUAAAUGAAAUUACUCUGUG